AUGUCAUCAAACCAGGAAUGGAGUCAGCCACUUGAGGCUGGUCUCCACAAUACUGACAGCUUUUCCAAUAACACAUUUAACAAAAUUGAGCAAAAUGCCCAGGGUGAUUAUUUGUCAGCAUCGUACGGACACUCCCCUCAGGCUUCACCUGACAGCCAGCAGGUACAUCUGUCACCUGCACAGCAUUUUCCCGGGUUUGGCUCCACCACACAGGAUAAUCACAGCUCCCACCAGCCUCGCACACUCCUACCAAACACAUCUGCAUUCUGUGAGCAGCAAACUAGAAAGGAGCAAAUUAUGGCAUCAGAGCUAGAUUCUCAACAGGCAUCCAAUAGCAUGAUAUCACAAGGCCAGAAUGAACCAAAAAGUAACUGUAAUUAUCCAGGAUUACAGGAACAUCAAUAUUCACCGGAAUAUUCUCUCAAAAGCCACCUACAGAAUAAUAUGAAUAACAGCCAGGCGGAUAACUGUUCAAAUGUGCCUGCUGUUUCUCAGAGGCUGCCCCAGAACCAUCCAUCAAAUGAUCGCCGAGUUCAUCUUUCUACUACACAGCAAUCUAAUCAGUGUAGGCUGUUUAAUGCACCCACUUCUCCUCAUCUACCAACAACGCAGAUAGCCUCACCUCCAAAACAGACACAGUUAAUGCCUCAGCACCAGCAGCAGCAGCAUUAUCAUAACCUUACGAAUCCUGUAUCUUCGAGCGCUGGUAAUAUGUAUCCAAACAACAGCGCCACUACCCCUGCUGUAAGGCAACAAUCUAAAACACAAGCAUCCGGUCACAUGCAGGCAGCUGAGAUUGUGUCUGGUCGGCUCGGGCCGUCCCCAGCUCCAGUAAGAAAUGACAGUUCAGGGGUGGGUAGAGUACCACAACAGCAAGGCCACCCACAAGGCUACCAGCAGGGUAUGGCCCAACACAAACAGGAAGGAGAUUCCUGUGAGAGAAUGCCACGAGAACCACAAUCACAUCAGUAUGGAUAUGAAGCUGGACAGCUGUUUUAUGGGGAUGAAGAGGAGGGUGAGGACAUGGAUGAUGUAGAUGAUGAAAGAAUGGAAUAUGCUGGGAUUGCAGACAGACAUGGUUUGAGCUAUCCUUCCAGUGACAGUGAGGAGCUAUCUGAAGAAGAAACGGCCUUGCUUGAGGAAUUGCGUUGUUGUGGGGAUGAUGAUAGAUACAAUGAAAUUGUUAAAUGUCUUGAAGAGAAGGGUUUAGACCGGGAAGACAUUGAAGAAAUGCUUCAGCACAGCAGUUACGCUGCAGGAAUGUUCCCAGGGGAAAAUUAUAAUGAUGAAAAUGACAAUGGAGUGGAAGCAGAAGGGGUGGUGUCCUCGUCUUCUCAAGGGCAGACAUAUCACAUGCGAAAUCAAAUGAGACCUCACAUACCUCUAGCAAGUGGGCAGCAACAGUCAAGGAUGUAUUCAACACCACCAUCUGGGCAGAAUAGAACAGACAUGUCUUCAGCUGUAUCCAGUUUACAUGAGCAGCAGUCAGCAUCUUCAGUGCCUUCACUGGGAUCCAGCAGUCAGGACAGUUACCAUGGGGGGCCACCUGGGUCUACUGAUGGUGCUUGUCAACAGGUAAAGACAUCUGGUCUUCAGACUUCAGAUAGUUGUCCAUCUGCUGGCAUUCAGAAACGUGCACAGGGAGAUGUGUUGUCACUUCAACAGCAGCAGACAAAACAUAUUACUUUAGCACUUGGAAACCCGCAGAAACAGGUUUUGCCAGGAAACACUUCAGAAACAGGUCAGUCCACUUUUGCAGCUCCACAAGCAAAUACCUGGCAACCAAUCCAGAAUGUAAUUAGAGCACAAAAUCAGCUGAAAUUAAGUGACCCAAGGCAGUCCUUGCCAAAAGGCACUCCACAGCCUAGUCAUUCUCAAGGUAUGCCAUCCCUAAGACCUGGUCUUGUUAACAAAUCUCAGUUGCUAAGCCAACCUCAGGGUCAGAUUGGCACUACCAGGCCACAGGGUACUGCUCAAAGCAGUUCUUCAAGUGUUGUCGUAAGACCAGUACAGCAUUUAACUAUAAUCACCAACAGUCAGUCACCUCUGCCUGGUCAGGGUGCGCAGAACAGGUUUGUUAUGAGACAAACUGUACCUACACAGCAGUUUAUAAUUAGUUCAGUACCGCAAAGUCAGCAAAGUGGUUUUGUUGGAACAUCUCAAACAUUGUCACCAGUUAAAGCCACAAGUCCAAGAGCAUCUUUGCAGACUCACCAGAAAGCUCCAGAGCAGCAGGUCAUGCCUGAGGUGCUAGUACUGACUUCAGUCCAACAACAAGGUGUUCAUCGUUCCAUCACCACAGUUCCUCAAAGUGUUCCACAUCAGCAAAAUAUGACUCCUUCUCCUCGGCUCCGAGCAGUGUUAAAUAAAGAAACUGCUCCGAGUGAGGCUAGACUUGCCAGACUUAAUGUCAUGUACAUGCAGCAGAGCCUAGAGCAGGUAAUAUUAGCCAAAAAAGGGACCCAGGCGGCACAAGGGCAAUCAUCUGGUGCCCCAGAUCUUCCGAAUCCAGACAUCAACGCACAACAUAGAUUACCACUGCCUCAUACUACAAUUCCGUUACCUAGUGCGCACACUGGUCAGCCAUUUCUUCAGAAGCAGCAGACUCAAAGUUUCCCAGCUUAUCAGCCAAAGCAUCAGCUUCCACCUCGUCAGCCUAUUCCUGCCAUUGUCAGUCCUAAUUCAGGCACAAACCAGACUUUCUCCAGUGGCAGGCCCAUUUGCAGUGUUGUCCCCUUCACAUCCCAAAGCCGAGGCCCGGCUGUCUCUCCAAAUAUCCCCAGGCAGAACGCUCCCCAACAAAAUGCAGACUUUGUGAGGCUUAGAAAUCCUGCUGUUGUAUCUUCUCCGCAAGUUGGAGGUAAUCCACAACAAGUUGGAGGUAAUCCACAACAAGUUGGCAGUAAUCCUCAACUUAUUGGCAGUAAUCCUCAGCACAUUGGUGGUAAUCUUCAGCUUGUUGGUGGUAGUCCUCAGAAUGUUGGUGGUAAUUCUCAACUUAUUGGCAGUAAUCCUCAGCACAUUAGUGGUAGUCUUCAGCUUGUUGGUGGUAAUCCUCAGAAUGUUGGAAGUAAUUCUCAGCUUGUUGGAAGUAAUCCACAAGUUGCCAGUAGUUCUCAACUUAUUGGCAUUAAUCCUCAGCACAUUGGUGUAAAUGUAGCAUUCCAGAUGCAAGGAAAUGCCGUCCCAUCAACACAAGGAAAUAUAGGACUCCCAGUCCCGCAGCAAAGGACGCCUGACCAGCUGCAGCA